AUGUGUUUCUUUUUCUUAGAAGACCUUGAUCGAACACUGGGUGAAUAUGAUUAUGGUAGUAUGAUUGUUCCAUCAUUAAAUCAUUCUGAAGAUUGUAUAUCAAUGUCAAAGCAACAGAACGAAAAUCUUUCAAAUGGAUCUGGUGGUUCUAUUCAAUCGAAAAAUAAACCAUUAGUUCCUGAACGUGAUUCUUCUCUAUAUGAUUGUUUUUCUUCAUCACAAAAUCAACAAGGAUAUAAUACUUUUCGACCAUUAAAUCAUGGAUCACCUUCAACAACAAGUGUACCAAAUUUAUCAUCAACAACAAAUAUUCGACGUAAUUCAAAUUCAUCAUCAAAUGAAGCUGAUGAAGAAUCAUCUUUAUCUUCAUUGAACAGUAAUCAUGUUGUACCAACAAAUCAAAUAUCGAUUGAAGAAAAUAGUACUACUAUUUAUAUGACUCCUUGUUUAUCUAUAAAUACAACAAAUAUGUCUACUUUUAAAACAACAAAUUUAAAUCUUCUACCACCAAAACCAAGUGAUAUUAAAAAACGAUCAAAUAAUCGAAAACAAAUCAAUACAACACUUAAUUCAAAUAAUAAUAAUAAUAUUGUAUCAAUCGCAAUAGAGAAUGAAAAUUAUUCUACUCUUGCUCCUCCUCCUCCUCCUCCUCCGCCACCACCACCACCAUUUCCUAUUAAUUUUGAUGUACCAAUUAGAAUUGAAUAUCAAACUUCAUCAAAAUAUGAAUCUAUAACAAUGACACCAGAUUUUCAAUCACAAAUUGAACAAGCAAAAACUCGUUUAAAAAAAGUUAAUCUUGAAACAUUAUCACAGAAAAAAAUUAUUAAAUCAGUUCAUCAUCGUGAAUUGAAAAAUAUUGUAAUCGAGGACACAACUCAUUUAAAUGGCUUUCCUCCUCCUCCAUCUCCGACUACACUUCGUCGUUCAACUCCUCCAGUAGUAUCAUCAUCUCAACGAAAUUCAACAGUAGCGGAUCCGAGAACAGAUGUGAAUUUUUCUGCUGUUAUUGCUCAGCGUGCAGCAGAAUCAAAAGCUCGUCGUCAUGAAAAUCCAUUAGGACUUAGCUUUAGUUCGAAUGGUUUACCACCGUCAACAACUUUUUUUAAUAAUUGUGUUACAACAAAUGGUGUUCAUCAAAAUUUAACAACCAAUGGUUCAUCAUGUCCACAACGAUUUAGUGCUACAGCAAAUCAAUUACUUGAGAAUCUCAAACGUCGUGGUGGAAGUACAUCAUCGACGGGUUCUCUUGUUAAACAUUAUAAUCAACAACAAUCUUCAUAA